AUGAGUGACUCCACGGCAACGACAGUCGAAAAGGACAUAAUUAACCCUACCACCGAACAGGUGGAGUUGCCAGCUCACAAGAGUGAGCAGCACCACCACCAUCAUGUUCCUCACCCUCACCCUCACCAUACAAACAUCGACGAAUUGGAUGUCGUCGAGAUCACAACAAAAAGUCCGUAUCGCGAGAUCAACUUCUACGGCACAUUUGCCGCAGUCACCCUUGCUGCAUCUUCCAGUUUUGGCGGCUUCCUGCUACCUGCCACAUCAUUGACACUGAUCAAUGCGGAUAUUGGCCCUUCCAGCAACUAUACAUGGGCGAUCCUGGCCUGGAAUGUCUGCCUCACUGCUGGGGGUGUACUUGUGGGUCGUCUCUCUGACAUCUUCGGUCGUCGUUGGUUCUUCACAUCCUCGUCUCUGGUGGCCAUCAUUGGACACGCCAUUGGAGCCACGGCAAACAACAUGAACCAGAUCAUUGCAGCUUCUGUCUUCAUCGGCCUGGCAGCUUCCGCACAGUCGUCUUUCAACUAUGUGCUGGCGGAGAUUGUGCCGGUAAAGCACAGGUUUUACUGGAUGAGUCUGAUGUACUGCAUCAUCUCGCCGAUUUCUGGCUUUGGGGCUGUGUUUGCGCGUCUUUUCAUCGUCAACACGAGCGCAAGUUGGCGCUGGAUUUACUACUUCUUCAUCAUCAACAACUUCGUGAGCCUUCUCCUAUGGUUUUUUUUCUACCAUCCUCCUCGCUUCUCGGCUCUUCAUCGGAACCGAACAGUCUGGGACGAAGUCAGGGACCUUGACGUGGGAGGAGUCAUUCUAUACACCGGCGGGAUCGUGCUUUUCACCCUAGGGAUAUCUUGGGGCGGGACGAUUUACCCAUGGAAAUCAGCCCACGUUAUUUCCUGCAUUAUCGUGGGAUUCUUGGUAUCUGUUGCCUUUGUUCUUUAUGAGAUAUAUAUGCCACUCAACCGUCCUCUCAUGCCGAUGCACCUAUGGCUGAACCGGGAUUAUACCUCCAUCACGAUCCUUACCACUGUUGGGGGCAUGGUAUACUUCUCUAUCAAUGUGAUCUACCCCGUCAUGGUUGCGGCCCUCUUCACCACAGACGUUGUCCUUGGAGGUCUCUAUACUUGUGCUAUCGCCGCAAGCACUGCCCUUGGCCAGGCCUCGGGAUCCGCCCUUGCGGUGCCAGGCGGACACGCCAGAGAAAAGCUCAUCUUCAGUGCAAUGGCUAUGACCGGCUUCAUCGGUGGGAUGGCCGGCGUAGGUCAAAGCAAGGUCAUCUCCACCGUCUUGGUAGCUCUAGGUUCGCUCGCUGUGGGCUUGAUUGAAGGUCUGGCCAUUGGCAUCGUCACGGUGGUGAUCGACCAGAAAGAGCUGGGGGUUGGAGGUGGCGUGUUCGGAAGCGUGAGAACCCUUGGUGGUGUUCUCGCCACCGCCAUAUUCUCCUCGAUUCUCACCAACAAGUUGACCGACUAUACCAAAGAUAUGGUGGUUCCCGCGACCCUAAAUGCAGGACUGCCGGCAACGUCCCUGACUCAAUUCCUUACUGCUCUCGCGUCGGGCAGCGCUUCGGCAAUCAGUGCUGUGCCUGGAGUGACACCAUCGAUCAUUGCCUCGGCGGUGAGCGCCAACAAGGCGGCAUAUGCAAAGGCCUUCCAGAUGGUCUUCUACUCGAGUAUUCCUUUCGGUGUCUUGGCCAUAUUGGCAGCUUGCUUCGGGCCGAAGAUCGAAGACAGGCUCACCCACGAUGUUAUCCGUCGGCUUGAAGGAGCGGACCUCACGGACAACACUACCAGCGAGGAAAGUAUCGAAACCGCCACGCCAUAA